CGUUCACCUCGUUCUGCGACGCUGCUGGCAUUCGGCGCGAGUACACCUCCCCCGACACACCCAAGCAAAACGCGGUGGUCGAGAGCGUCAUAUGGCGCACCAUGAAGGGGGGCCACGCCGCGCGCCGCCACAUCCUCGCCAUGGGCCACGUCGACCUCUCCUCCAUCCCCAACGUCGGCGUCAACGGACAUCGCCUGUGGCUCGCGUCGGCGCUGUGGGCAUCCGUCUGCUUCAACGGCUCCGCGACGAAGGCCAACCUGGGCUGGAUGUCGCCGUUUGAGGCGUUCUUCGGCCGGAAGCCGCCCCUCACCGUCGUCUCUUUUUUCCAGGAGGGGAUGAUGCGCGUGAAGCGGGCCACNCACCGCGGCGCCCUCGCCGGCCACCUCCGUACCUGCGGCCGAUGCCGCACCGCCGCCGCCCCCGCCAUGAAGGACGUACACCUACAUCCCGCCUGCACCAGCGACCACCGCACCGCCGCAGCCCGCUUCCCCGCCGGUCUUCACAGGAUCCUUAGCCCCGUCGCCGAUCUCCGUCGCGCCAUCAUCAGCCCCACCUUCGACCGCAGCAACGCCGCCCCCUUCGCCCCCGGGCCUGCCGCCGCCGCCGGCAGACCACCAGCGCCGCCACCCCCGCUCCCCCGCACCCGCCGCUUUCGAAAUGAGCCGUGAAGGAGUUGGGACGAAAGGACACGAGGGUACACGGCCGCACGCGCGGCGAUGGAGUGCGGUUCAUGGAAGAACAACAACAACCGCGAUCCGGUGGCGGCACCGCUCUCCACCACCGCCUUGGUCUGUUAGCGAUGAUGGACAAGGACUCCCUCAUCUCGUCGCUCGCCACCCGGGAGGCCGUGGAUCAAGGACGCCGCGACCUACCGACCCCGCCGCAGCCGGAUCUGAGUCUUGGAGGCCAUGGUAGCGGGGGGGCUGUGGGAGCUUGGGGGCCCGUGGAUUCCCGGGCGGGGGGGAGACCACAGAUGUUGACAAUAAUGUUCGCCACCCGCGAGGAUGUGGACGCCGCUCUUCGCGCCGAGCGCCCGCCCGACAAGAUGCCAGACCUUCCUCACUGCCUCGCC